GCGGCGCGCGGAGCGGGGGUGGGCGGUGCGAGGCUGCGCGGUGCCCGGGCGGAGACGCGGGGCGCUGACAUGGCGGCGGGCUCAGGCCGGGGCGGCGGGAGAGGGGUCUGCGGCCAGGCCUGCGUGAGGCCCGAGGGGAAGGGGCAGCACGAACCGUGCGGAAGAACAUAGUAAUGCUGAUACCACGUGCGGCUGCGGAGCUCCGAGGGGGAAGGCCGCUCCCGGCCCGCGCGGCUGCCCGUCCUGCCGCGGCUGCGAGGGCGCUAGCAGGGGGCUUCCUCAGGGGCGGAGCGGGCAGGACUCGGAGUGCGCGCUGCCUGCGAUGAGAGGCCGGCUAAAGUUUAGUCUGACUGUGAGUCUGACUUACUUCGUGGUUUGUGUCCCUCCCUUAGGACGGUAGGAAGCGUGAUAGCAAGCCAGAGCGAAGACACUGUUUUUGGAGCGUGGUUAAGUUCCUUUCUAGAUGUAACUACAGGACAAAUUUUUAACAAUGAACAGCAUUACCAAAAGCCUUUUGAAAUCAAUUAAACAUGGACAAGCUGCAUGGCUAAGAAGCAACUCUACUCACUCCAGAAAACAGUGUCUUCCAAAACUAGUGCUGGGAAUAGAAACAAGUUGUGACGAUACCGGUGCUGCUGUGGUGGAUGAUGCCGGCAAUAUUCUAGGAGAAGCACUACACUGUCAAAAGGAAGUCCAUUUGAAAACAGGUGGGAUAAUUCCUCUGGUGGCACAGCAGCUUCACAGAGAAAACAUCGAGCAAAUAGUAAAAGAAGCGCUUAGCAUCAGUGGAGUUUCUGUAAAUGAACUUGCUGCUAUUGCAGCUACAGUAAAACCAGGACUUGCAUUAAGUCUUGGAGUGGGACUGGAAUACAGCUUAAAAUUGGUAAACAAGUAUAAGAAGCCUUUCAUACCCAUUCAUCACAUGGAGGCUCAUGCACUCACCAUUAGACUGACAAAUCAAGUGGAAUUUCCUUUCUUAGUUCUUUUACUGUCUGGAGGCCACUGUAUUUUGGCAGUAGCACAAGGAGUUUCAGAUUUCCUUCUGCUUGGACAGUCGAUAGAUAUAGCACCAGGCGACAUGUUGGACAAGGUAGCAAGAAGGCUCUCCUUAAGCAAACACCCAGAGUGCCACAGCAUGGCUGGGGGGAAGGCUAUAGAGCACUUGGCUCAAACUGGAAACCGGCAGCAGUACAAAUUCAGGGUUCCCAUGCAACAUUAUCGUAACUGUCAUUUUUCUUUUUCUGGACUUCAGAAUCUUGUCAAUAAAGUAAUCAUACAAAAAGAAAAAGAAGAAGGUCUUCAGAAGGGAGAGCUGCUGCCUUGUGUUAAGGAUAUUGCUGCUGCUGCACAGCAUGCAGUGGCUGUUCAUAUUGUCAAGCGGACAUAUCGAGCUAUGCUGUUCUGCAUAAAACAUAGCAUAUUAUCACCAAAAAAUGCAACUUUGGUUGUGUCAGGAGGAGUUGCAAGUAACCAGUAUAUCCGAAAAGCUCUGCAGAUUUUGGCAGAUGUGAAUGGUUUUGCUUUUCUGUGUCCUCCUCCAAGACUGUGCACUGAUAAUGGUGUUAUGAUUGCAUGGAAUGGCAUUGAAAGGUUACGUGCAGGACUUGGUGUUUUACACUGUACUGAUGGCAUCCGCUAUGAAGCAAAUGCUCCCCUUGGCAUUGAUAUCUCAAAAAGAGUUGAAGAAGAUUCCAUCAAGGUGCCAAGACUAAAAAUGAAGAUUUGAUCAUUGGCAUCAAGUUAAGAAGCAACUAAAUAAAUCCAACUGCAAAUUCUUCAGUAAGAACUGUUUGAAUGCUGUUACAUUUACUAUCAAUACUUGGUUUACAGUUGUUGAAAACCAUGUCAUAGAAAUAAAUACUGUGUAAUAUCACCAAAAUGUUUCAAGGUGCUGUUCCAUAACUGCGUAAGUUCUAGGUAUCAAAGCAAAAUAAAAAAACAAAACAAUGCAUUUUCUUGUUAGUGUAAAUUUACACUGUCUCAUUGAUUUACACUUAUUUGUACAUUUAUCAUUCAUGUUAUACAUAAAAAAAAAUCAUACCUUCUGUGAUAAAAAAGAGAAAGUAAACAAGAGUGAGCACAGAUUUUCAUAUGGGUCUCAAGGUGUUGGCUGUGUAAAUAAUUGAAUUUCAGCAGUACCUACUUUUCUUCUUCUGGUUUAAGCAGCCCAUUCAUAUUAACACAGCCUUGGAAUUUUGGAGUAUGUGGCUACUAGUGCUGUUUAAUUUUCUGUUUUAAGAACAGCUCAAUAGAGCUAUUAACAUUGCAAGGGGGGAUAUCAAGGUGCAAGUUUUGAGUUUGGAUGUGAAUAGUGGGUUACUUCUGCCUUGCCUUUCGACAAUCAGUAGGAGAUGCUUUUUACAUUAUUGUUCAUUGCACUGGUGUUUACUGGAAUAUGUAUUAAGCAUGUCUUAGUUCUAGAUGACAAUUAAAAUGUUUUAAUAUAUAAUGCAUAUAUUUAAAGUUAGCUCUAUUUAAAUAUGAACAAAAAUAAUUGGGAUAUCUGAGACAGUUACAGACAGAAGAUCAUGUUCCCUGUUUUGGUAAAGAAGGCAAUAUGGUUGGACCAGAUUUGGUCUUUCUUUUCUUUUUUUAAACUUUAAUGCCAAAUUUAACACAAAUUAACAAGGUGUGUGCAUUGUUUUUGCCAGUACUUUUUGUAAAAAAGGUGAACAUCCCUCAUUAAGCAGAAGCUGGUAUUUGAAGAAUACAUACUCAGUAUUCACAGUUUGUCACGCAGUGUUUUAGGAGUAUUUUUGUAUAAUUUCAUGGGAUUUUAACUACAAUAGCUCCAAUGAUCUAAUAUGUCUGUAGAUGUUAACAUAUUCUCUGUAAAAUAGGUUCAGACACUGUCAGAGGUUAUUUUCUAAUUCCUCCAUAUAAAAACUGAAUUCAGAGACCACCUUUAGAAGGAUAGAGUGCACUGCUUGAUUAAAAAUAGACGCUUAAACCCUCUAAACCUGCCAAGCCCUCUUUGACCAACUACUUCACAGUUUUUAAAUUUUUAAUGCAUUUAUUCUUUAGUACUGUAGCUCUUUUUAAAGUGUUCACAGAUGGUCUUCAUCUAACACAGUCUCAAGAACUGAGAUUUCACAAAACAUGUUUGUGAAAUAACUGAUGUAAGAAACUUUGUAAAUACAAAGUAACAGAACAUUGCAUAAUUACAUUAAGUGCUUUUCAACUCCGUCAUUGACACAGGUCUUAAACUUUUCUCCUGGUGCAGUGGCUGAAAUCUUACUGACAUUAACAAUUCUUGGUCUUGAAACUUUUGUGAUGUCUGAUGAAACUGCAUAUGUAAAUGAAUAUAUUCUAGAAGUUUGUCUAUGGGACAUGUUUGCUCUUCUGAGUUUUCCCCUUAAGUGAGCAAGGGAAGAUACUAAUAGUAGUGAAUCCUUGGGUUGACAUUUAGUCCAGGGAUGUCUUCCUCUACCACUCUGCAACCUCUCUGAAAAAUAUAGUAAAUUAUUUUGUUAGAAUUUAUAUCAUAUGUAAUAUAUUGCAACUGAGUUCUGAACAGCAUAAGCUAUAGGUUUGAGAAUUCCAGAAGCAAAACCUCAAACUAAAGUUAUAUAUGACCCAAAUAAAGUAUUUUACAUCUGCA